AUGAAUGAACCUAAACCACCGCAAGAACCAAUAUACGACCUCCCCCUCCGCGACAUAACAACCUACACCCACUCUCCAACCAACACCACCCACCACACUGCAGCCCGAACCGCCCUCCUCGACGCCCUCUCCUGCGCCAUCGAAACCGCCUCUAAAUCCCCCUCUGCACGAGCCCUCCUCGGCUCCAUCAUCCCCGGCACCACCGUCCCCCACGGAUUCCCAGUCCCGGGUACCUCUCACACCGUAGACCCAGUAAAGGGUACCUUCGACCUAGGCGUCCUAAUCCGCUACCUGGACCACAACGAUGCGAGCUGGGGGAUGGAAUGGGGUCAUCCUUCUGGUAGGUACUUUCCCUUACCUCUUAUCCAAACACACUACCAAGCGCUCAACGCCUUCCACGCACACAACCUCGACCAUGUCAUUCUCGUCGAGUUGGCCUCAGCGGCAGUUUGCUCGUGGAUGAUGGGCCAUUCUGCCACUAAAACUCAGAGUAUUCUAUCCCAUGUAUGGAUGGACGCGGGGCCGAGUCACUUGUAUCGUACCCAUCCGUGCACUGUGCCUCGCAAGGGAUGGGCGGCUGCUGAUGCGGCGGCGAGGGCGGUUGAGUUGGUGUUUAGGGCGGAUAGGGCUGAUGAUGGUGGGAGCGGGGCGGCGAUGAGGGGUGUGGGGAGUGUAUUGAAUCAUGAGGGGGGCGGGUUCAGGGAUGGGAGAUUCGGGGGGAGGGAAUUUGAGUUUAUAGGCGAACUUGGGGCGAUGGAAGCGAGGGGGGUGGAAGGGGUGAUGUAUAAGAUUAUGCCGGUGGAGGGACAUGGGUGUGCGGCUGUGGAGGCUGUUUUGGGGCAGAUGAAGAAAGAGCCGAGAGUUAUGUGGGAUGAGGUGGAGGAGGUGCUGGUGAGGGUGCCUUGGGCGGCGAAGUAUAUUAUUUCUAGGCCGGGGAGGGAGGAGUUGAAGUGUGCGGCGGAGAGGGACCAUUGUUUGGAGUGGGUUGUUGCUGUUGCGAUGGUCAAGGGGAGGGCGAUUGAGGUAGAAGAUUAUGGGGAUGAGGGGGGGUGGGUGGGGGAUAAGAUGGUGGAGGAGUUGAGAGGGAGGAUUGUAGUUAGGGAGGAUGAGGAGUUGACAAGGGAUUAUUUGGAUGUUGGGAAGAGGAGUAUUGCUGCUGGGGUGGUGUUCAGGUUGAAGGAUGGGCGGGUGUUGGAGGAGGUGUUGGUCGAGUUUCCGGUUGGGCAUGUGAGGAAUCCGAGGACGGGCGAGGAAGUUAGGGGAAAGUUUGUGAGGAAUUUGCGGUUGAUGUUUACGGAGGAGGAGAUUCAGAGUAUUUUGGAGGUGGUGGAGAGGGAUGAUGCUAGGGUUUGUGAGUUGGUGGAUCUGCUGGCGAGGUCAGAGACACAUCUAUGAGCAGUAGGUGAGAUUUCAGGAUUGGGAAUGAGAAAUAGUAAGUGGUAUUAGAUUGGUUCCGGCCCUCGUUAGAUUAGUGGUAUAUCAAUGUUGCGGUACACAA